AUGGCACCCGUCAUCAAACCCGAACCGGGCUCAUCCAAAGCACGCGCCCGUACCUCCAAGGCCCGCGCCGUCGAGUCCGAAGAGGAGCAAGACACGCCCGAUGCUGGACCGUCGCCGAACGAGUGUCCAAAGGCCAGGAAGCGCGCUCGUGUAGGAGCUACGGACGCUGGUGAGGAGGACGCGCAACAUCGAGGUGAUGAAGAGGAGGGCAAGAAGCCUCUACGCAACGGCGUCAAGUCCGAGAAGACGUCGGAGACGGACGAUGCUGGGUGAGUUUGACACGGUCCACUCAGACUCCACCGUCACGCGUCGCACCACACGCAGAAUGAGAGAGCAGGCUAGACCACCUAUCGGCUGCAUCCCCAUUAUCGGACUUCAUGUUUCGCGUAGCUUCCUGCGCGUCCUUACGAUCGUGGGGGGUUGUACCUGCUGGCGAGAUCCUGCUCGAGCUGACCUCCUAUUCUGACCUCCUGCUCACAGCUACGUGGUCGGCUCGAUCGUUCGCAUCAAGUGCCAGGCCUUCGUCACGUACGACUCUGUCGAAUUCCGUCCAGGACCAGCACUCAACAUGAUCCUCGGCAAGUCCAAACCCGCCUUGCUGCGAAUGCGCGCAUUCACGAUUGAGCUCCUGCAGGAAUAUCGCUCAUUGCCUCUCACCGUGCGGAAAUCCCACAGGCCCAAACGGAACCGGAAAGAGUACGAUCGCAUGUGCGAUUGCCAUUGGGCUUGGAUUCCCAGCAAAAGUGCGUACACGAGAGACUCGCCGUUUGCGCGACGGGCUCGGAGGCACUGAACAUUCCCAUCGCGGUCUCUCUAGGUGCUCGGUCGUGCGUCAAAGUUGUCCGAGUUCUGCAAGAAGGACUCCAGCAAAGACACGUGGAUUGAAAUCGAGCUCAAGGCUCCCAAGGGCUCGAGGAACCUUGUCAUCCGUCGAUACCUGAGUCGCACCGAUGAGCGCUCCAGUUUCCAGAUCAAUGGUGAGUCCUAGAUGAAAGAAAUCGCUAUCCUCGCGUAAGCCGUUUUCUGACCAUUGCUCACUCGCAUGUGGUGUCCUGCUCAUCAGGGAGUGAAACGACGGCAAAGGAGGUCAAUGAGCGUAUGAGCAACCUUGGAGUGCAGAUCGGCAAUCUUUGGCAAGUCCCAAAGACGAUACAUGCGUUUCGGAGUCGAGCGCUGACCGCUGUUUCGACCGUGGCAUCCGCAGUACCUUCCUGCCGCAAGACCGUGUCGCCGCCUUCUCACAGAUGACCAGCGUCGAGUUGCUGCGCGAGACAGAGAAAGCAGCGGGGGAUGAUCAACUGAGCGACUGGCACGAUCUUCUGGUUGAGGAGUACGCCAAUCAAAAGAAGCUGCUAUCCGUGCGUUCUUGAGCGUCGCAAUGGGGCCUCACCAGACCGCUUUCUUUGCAGUCGUUUCUCUGCUAACGAGGUAUUCUACCUCGUGUAUAGGAGGUCGACCGACACGGCGAAGUGCUAAAGCGCAAAGAGUCAAAGCAAGCCGAGAACGAAAAGGAGGUGCGACAGUUUGAGGAGCGCGAGCGAGUCGAACAGGAGCUCGCCGUCAUCUCGCUGUUGCUUCAGUACGCCCACUACAACGACACGUACUCGCAGUGGGGUCAAGUCAAGGAGAACCGCAACCAGGCUGAAGGCGAGCUGGCGGAGCUGAUCGAGCAGAACCGCCCCUUCAAGGACAGCCAAGAGUGCGUUCGAUCAGGUAUAAGAUCUUAAUGGGCUGCGCUGCGCUGACGCUGCCCCCAUGGGCCUUCUCCGACAGAGCUCUGAUGAGCGCGAUUGCCGAGUACGGAAAGCUAGGCGAAAUGGCUCAGACGAAGAAGCGCAAGCUCGAGAAGAAAAUUAAGGAUAGCAUGGGUUUGGUUGAUAAAGCAGUACGUCUCUGAACUUGACAUGAUACUGUUUAGGCUGCGCUGACGUAGUAUUCGAUCGGGCGCGUCGUGCAGGCGAAGACUCUCGUCAAAACGAAGGAAGAACUCGACAAUCUGCGCGCUGACGACCGCACGCGCAAGUCGACCAUCCUCCGAACUGAGAAGGACAUCAACAAGAUCGAUCGCGAACUCGAAAAACCGGAGGAGGCCGUCGACUUCUCCGAGAUCGAUGCAAAGCUCGUAAGUGGCUAGUGAAGGGCAGGCUGGCCGAGUUGGUCUUGCGCAGACGGGCUGAGAUGACGUCUGCUUCGGCUUGACCAGGUUGAGAAGCGCAACGAGAUCAACGAGAUCAAGGACCGAGCCGCCCAGGCCGACGCGCCCAAAGACGACUUCGAGCGACAGGUUCAUCAAUGCGAUAGGGAGAUCGCUCUACAAGAUAAAAAGUCCGUUCCAAUACUGCCGCCCAGUGCGCGUGGUCCCUGAGCGACCAGCUUAUUUCCUCUCUUCCUCCUUCCGUAACCUCGUGGUCUCUUCUAGAUUGAAGAACUUGAACAACAUCAAGAAUCAACGCGAGGAAGCUUUGAGGAAAUAUGAACCCGACACCUGGAAGGCGGUCGAAUGGCUCCGUGCGACCCAACACAAGUUCAAGGGUAAAGUGUACGAGCCGCCCCGCCUCACUCUUUUCAUCAAACAUGGCCAUGAACAACACGCCAACUUGAUCGAGGAGCCGAUUGCUUUGCAUGUGUUCAAGGUCGGUCCCCAAUCGGCGGCGAAGAUGUCGCCUGUGUUGCUCACCCGACCACACGAAGUCGCUGACUUUGCUACUUGCACCGCGUCGCCCAGAACUUUUUGUUUGAGGAACGAGAGGACUACGACUACUUCAUGCGCGAGGUCAAUGACAAGGUUCAGGCGAACGGUACCCGAAUCCAAGCGAACGGUCAGGAGAUCGGCAAGGACUACACUCGCGAGAGAUACCCCGCGCAGUUCAACAAGGAGCAGGUAUGCGGCCCCGCACUAUGCCUUCAUACACCGAAGUCUGGCAUCUCUGAUCCGUUGAAAUCCCGCGCUGCCAUAUGCAGCUGGCCGAAAUGGGCUUUGACGCCUUCACCACCGAUCUUCUUGAAGGACCCGAAGCUGUUCUUACAUGGCUGUCGAAGGAUCUCGGCUACGGUUCCAUCGUACGUGCUCACAGCACUUGCAAAAAUAUGACCUUCCUUGUCGAGUAUUCUAGCUGAUGACCCUGCUCGAUAUGCCGGCGCGAACAGCCCAUUCAACUCACGAAGCGCGACAUCAGCCACGAAGCAGCUCGAAAAUACCAGUGUCGCAAGUGGGUAACGCAAGAAGGCUCUUUCACCAUCAUGCACUCGAGGUACGGCCGCAGGGAAUCGCAGAUCGAGCAACGCAGCCUCGGCACCGCGAAGGUUUUGAUUGGCGCAAGUAAGUCGAGCGAGCUCUGUGUCCGUUUGCGCCUUCGAGGAAAAGAGGUUGUUGUUGAUGUGCCCCCAAUUUUAAUAUAGGCGACACGUCGGGUGUUCAGGAAAUCACUGCCCGCACGGCUGAUGCCACAAGCCGACGCGAUGAGGCAAUUCGCAGCCUCGCCAAGAUUAACGCCAAACUCGCUGAUCUUGAUCGGCAGCGUCAUACUCUGGAUGAAGAAAGGGUUAGUGACUGUGCGAUCGGCCUUGUUUCGCUUGAGGGUUUUUUUUUUUUGGUCUGGCUGACCUUGUUUCUUUGCAUGUCCACAGAAAGCAUUGCAGGGUCAAAAGACCAAGAUGGAGGACAAAAAGAAGCAACGGGCCAAGCUCGUGGCAAAGCGAGGUACGUCGGCCUUAUGGCUCGGCGCACAUACAAGUGUUCCCCUGCUUACAGCGCGGCAUCGCAUUUUCUUUGUACAGAGGUGCUCGUCAGCCAGCUCAAGCGUGAAAAGGCCAAGCCGACGAGCGAACAGAAACGGGCGCAGCUGCGCGGCAGAAUGUCGGAGCAGAUUGAGAAGCACCUUGCCGCCGUGUCGAAGCACAACAUGUGGACGACGAAGCUCGUUAGCUCGCAAGUCGCAGCGGCAGGCCUUGCGAUCCGCCAGAUGCAGGUCGACAACGACUUAAAGGCGAUGAAUGAUUCGGCCAACGCCCAGGAUGUCGCAUUGACAGAGAAGCGACAGGAGGUUGAUGAACGUAAGUCUAACGAUGAAACGAUAAAUGGCUACGAGCCCCGUAGAGGCGAUCACCGAUACAGCGGAACUAAGCAUUGAUUUGGUCCGGCACUCUCGUUCCGAAACGCAGUCAAAGCCCGGGUGAGGGAGCUGUACCGAUCCGCCAAAGCUAUGCAUGCAGCUGCCGACCGCGACCUGGAAGCCGCCAGCGAGGACAUUAAGCUGGCGGUUGAUGAAGCACGCCAAAAGGGACAGAUCGAGACGGAGCAACUAAUGACGCGCCACGCCGAAGCCGAGGCCAAGCUCAACGUGACGGUCGCCAUCAGUCCCGAGAUUGUGAAGCGAUACAAGGAGGGCAAGGCCGAGGUGGAGCGACUGCGCUCGACGCUCGAGGGCAGCCAGGCGAGCCUCGCCACCUCGACCGAGCGACUCCAAGCCGUCCACGAGGUGUGGCUGCCGGCGCUCGAGGAGCUCGUCGAACGCAUCUGCACGGGCUUCCGCGCCGCGUUCGAUAACCUCGGCUUGUUGGGAGAAGUUCGCCUCGCCAAGGACGACGACUACGCCAAGUGGGGCAUCGAGAUCCUCGUCUCGUUCCGAGACAAUGAGCCGCUCAAGGUUUUGACGGCGCAUCGUCAGUCGGGAGGAGAACGCGCCUUGACGACGGUCAUGUACCUUAUGUCGCUUGCCGAGCUCGCCAAGGCCCCUUUCGCCCUCGUCGACGAGAUCAAUCAAGGUAUGGAUCAGCGCGUGGAGCGAAACGUCCACAAUGCGCUCGUCAGGACGACGUCGAAGCCGGAUGUCGGGCAGUACUUUUUGCUCACACCAAAGUCAGUCUUGCGUCGACCGCGUUUCGGUCUCACUUUGCCAGAAGAGCUGACCAGAGAUGGUGUUCUCUCCCGCAGGCUUCUCCCGGAUCUGCAAUACCAUCCUACGAUGAAAGUGUUGGUCAUCAAGUGAGUUGUGCUUGGUCUCCUCCGCCCCACCCAGUAACAAGCUGCCUCUGACCUUUGUCGACAUUCGAACCCAACCUAGCUCUGGUCCGUGGCUUCCGCCGGCAGGACAGCUCUCGCUCGCCAAGAUCGUCAAGGAUCGCAAACGUCGAAUCGCGAAUCGCACAUUGUAG